AUGACCAUUGAAAUCCCCCUGCUGUUAUCAUCUACAUUUCCGAUAAUAUGGAAAACAGGUCUGGCUCAACUUUCCUUCGCCAAAACGGGGGGCUCAUUAGCCGCCCUGAAGGGCACAUCCCUGCUGCUGAGUAAAGUAGCCUCAACGAGCAAAGGGGGACUCCUAGCUUCCACCUCCACCCAGAUUGACAAUAUAAAAGAGGCAGCGCAAAAAUUAAUCGAGGAAAUAGAAAAGAACGUCAACUUGAGCUUAUUCUUUUACAAUAUUGACGAGGAGGAAACGGCGGGCUACUACUUAAUGAAAAGGAGGCAAGAACACGAAAAGGAAGCGAUCACC